CCCAGCAGGGCUGUGACUCUGCUUAUUCUCCUUCCUUUGCAAUUCCCCUGCAGCCAGGGCUGUACAGCAUGGCGCAGACCAAAACCAUCAUACUGAGGGGCCUGCUCUUCUCCAGCCUUCUGCACCUCACCUUGAGCCAUGCUGGAGUUUUCCUGGAAAAGGGGCAGGCAUUGUCACUGCUCAAGCGCCACCGACGUGCCAACAAGGGAUUUCUAGAAGAGAUGCUCAAGGGAAACCUGGAGCGAGAGUGCCUGGAGGAGAUCUGCAGUUAUGAGGAGGCUUUUGAAGCCCUUGAAUCCACUGAUCAGACGGAUAUAUUUUGGUCAAAAUACCAAGUAUGUCAGGGCCUGGGAAAGUCCAGGACAAUUCUGGAUGCUUGUCUAGAAGGUAACUGCGCUCUUGGGCUGGGCCAGAACUAUCGGGGAACAAUUAGCCAAACCAAGUCUGGGAUUGAAUGUCAAGUGUGGACAAGCAAAUAUCCACAUAUUCCUAAAUUUAAUGCCACCAUUUAUCCCAACCUCAUUGAGAACUACUGCAGGAACCCAGACAACAACUCAGAAGGCCCCUGGUGCUACACCCGCGACCCAACGAUAGAACGGGAGGCGUGUCCCAUCCCUGUGUGUGGUGAAGAUAGAACAACAGUUCCAUUCACUCCACGGACCAUGGAACCUGCACCAAUGGAGCCUUGUGAACCAGAGAAAGGCAUGCUUUACACAGGGACUCUCUCAGUCACUGUGUCUGGAGCUAAGUGUCUGCCAUGGAACUCUGAGAAAGCCAAAGAGGUGCUCCAUGGAAAACAAAUUGACCCAGAAGUGGAGCUACAGGAGAAUUACUGUCGGAAUCCAGACAGAGAUGACGAGGGUGCCUGGUGUGUCACAGAUGAAUCACCCUACUUUGACUACUGUGAUCUGCACUACUGCGACAGCUCGCUAGAGGAUGAGAACCAAGAGUCUGAGGGAAUAUCAGGACGCUCUACACUUCCUAAAGAGUUCAAACCCUUCUUUGAUGAAAAAACUUUUGGUUCAGGUGAAGCAGAUUGUGGCACUCGUCCUUUAUUUGAGAAGAAAAAGAUAACAGACAAAAGUGAGAGGGAGCUGUUGGAUUCCUACACAGGAAGAAUUGUCAGUGGGGAUGAUGCAGAAGUUGGCAGCGCCCCCUGGCAGGUGAUGCUCUACAAAAAGUCUCCUCAGGAGCUGCUGUGUGGUGCCAGCCUCAUCAGUGACAGCUGGAUCCUGACUGCUGCUCAUUGUCUUUUUUAUCCACCCUGGGACAAGAACUUAAGUACAAGUGACAUAUUGGUGCGGAUUGGCAAGCACGUAAGAGCAAAAUAUGAAAAGAAUAAAGAGAAGAUUGCUCUAUUGGAUAAAAUCAUCAUCCAUCCCAAGUACAACUGGAAAGAGAACAUGGACCGAGAUAUUGCACUCAUGCACUUAAAGAGACCCAUCAGCUUCAGUGACUAUAUCCAUCCUGUCUGCCUGCCUACCAAAGAGGUUGUGCAGAGGCUGAUGCUGGCAGGUUACAAAGGGAGGGUAACUGGUUGGGGAAACUUGAAAGAAACAUGGGCCACUAGCCCCUCCAACCUGCCCACGGUUCUGCAACAAGUCAAUGUACCCAUUGUAGAUCAAAGUACCUGCAAGGCAUCCACCAAAGUUAAAGUCACUGACAACAUGUUUUGUGCAGGUUACAGUCCUGAUGCGCUUAAGAGAGGAGAUGCCUGUGAAGGGGACAGUGGGGGACCUUUUGUAAUGAAGAACCCAGAUGACAACCGCUGGUAUCAAGUGGGAAUAGUUUCAUGGGGAGAAGGCUGUGACCGAGAUGGCAAAUAUGGAUUUUACACCCAUGUAUUCCGCCUGAAAAAGUGGAUACGAAAAGUCAUCGAAAAUCAAGGGCGAUAGACGAAGCAUUUACCUUUCCUGGUCUCAGUUUUGCUACAAUGCUCCACUUUAAAACAUAAGCAUAGAAGAUACUGAAGUAAAACAAGUUAUAUCCUUACAACUUGACAAAAGGAAGAUCUUAUCCUUUGAAAAUAAAAGCUCUGAAACCCA